CUUUUGACAUUCUCGCAGCAGUAGUAGCUUCUCCUCAAGGCAGGACUCAGAUGACACCACCCCGCCACCGACUGGAGGGGAAACAAGGGAAGCUCUCUCUCUCUUUCUCUGCGCGAAUGAACUAUGUUUUGAUACCAGAUGACUCGUUUCGGGGGUUGAUCAUAUGAAUGUGAGCGCCGGAGAGGUUUCUGCGUCUUCAGAAUAGCCGUGGGAAUACUUUAACAGCAGUCUAUCCAGCUCGCCAAACUCCCGCACCCAAGGAGCACCGGUGGCGGAAUGUGAAAACCCCAUUUUGGCGCAUGUUCCUCUCCAUUGUACACAGCCUUCUCCUGCUUUCUACGCGGCUGGAAAGCGGAGGAGGAGGAGGAGGGACGGCUUUUCCCGACUCGAUCCCUUGCCUAUGGACGACGGCGGUCCCCUCUCUCCAAAGGCAAAUGCUUUCAGUAUUGCCUCUCUGAUUUCGGCUGCAGAACAAGCAGGAAACGCAGCGUUUGACAAACAAGGCACCGGCCUGGACAAGCCAGACCUGCACAACCACAGUUCCUUUAAAAUGCACUACAGCACUGUCACCCGGGAAAUGGAAGCCAUAUCCAGCCCGUGGCUGACGCAGCUGUCCCAUUUUUGCGAUGUUGCAGCCUUCACGACGAGCAGCCUGAGCAGCCUAAACACGCCGGGGGGCUAUCACCUCUCUCCGUCCCCCGGGGACCCCUACAGCCAGCAUGAAGCCCACUUUGAGCCCUGUCCGGCCGCUCAGCACAACUACAACUACCCGGGUUCCAACCCGGGCCCGGCCCAGGCGAGCGACGCCGGGACUCCCAACUGCUCCUCGUCGUCCUCCAGCUCCACACCGAACAGCAAGAGCAUAGUGAAGAAGAACCCCAAAGUGGCAAACAUUAACGUGCAGCUGGAGAUGAAAGCUUUAUGGGACGAAUUUAAUCAGCUGGGAACGGAGAUGAUCGUUACCAAAGCUGGCAGGAGAAUGUUUCCAACUUUCCAAGUGAAAAUAUUUGGGAUGGAUCCCAUGGCAGACUACAUGCUCCUCAUGGACUUCCUACCAGUAGACGACAAGCGAUACAGGUAUGCCUUCCACAGCUCUUCGUGGCUGGUGGCCGGUAAAGCUGACCCCGCCACUCCGGGCAGGGUCCACUACCACCCGGACUCCCCGGCAAAAGGCGCCCAGUGGAUGAAGCAGAUAGUCUCCUUUGACAAACUCAAACUCACCAAUAACCUGCUGGAUGACAACGGCCAUAUCAUUCUCAACUCCAUGCAUCGCUACCAGCCCAGGUUCCAUGUGGUCUACGUGGAUCCCCGCAAAGACAGCGAGAAAUAUGCCGAGGAGAAUUACAAGACCUUUGUUUUUGAGGAAACUCGCUUCACAGCGGUCACAGCAUACCAGAACCACCGGAUCACACAGCUUAAGAUAGCCAGUAAUCCCUUCGCAAAGGGCUUCAGGGACUGUGACCCGGAAGACUGGCCCAGGAAUCACAGGCCAGGCUCUCUGCCAAUAAUGAGUGCCUUUGCCAGAACAAGAAACCCAAUGUCAUCUCCCCCUCAGCAGAACGGCACAGAGAAAGAGGACAGUAGGCGGGACUACGAACGAGAUCCCAGCAGCACGCCCAUCCACGCUGACCCAGCUCACCAGCUGAUGUCCCGGGUCCUCAGUCCCGCACUUCCUGUCCCGGGAGGCCUCCACGCUGUCCCCCUCACCAGUGGCCGGCCCAGCCCUCCCCACGACCUCCGGCCAGACCCCCACCCGCUACCCCCGGACACCCUGCACCACCACCCCUACAAGUACCCGACCACCUACGAACACUACCUGGGGGCCAAGACCCGGCCGUCGCCUUACCCUUUACCCAGCAUCAGGGGACACACGUACCACCACCACAUGAACCCAGCCACAGCGAAUAUGUACUCGGCCACCAGCGCCCCCGCUAACUACGACUACGGGCCGAGAUAAUGACCGCUGUCCACUGUGGCUAACAGCUGACAGCGCUGCGGGAACGCAAACAAGCAGGAAACACAACGCAGCUCUGUCUUUACAUGGCUUACACAACCUUCGGGGUGCCUUCACAAGCUGCAUGCUCCUUGUUGCUGGAUAAACCCUGCCGUAUUUAUUUAAAGGAAAUGCAUCUUUGCAGGAAGGACGGGCACAUGCUCUGAGCCCUGGAAGAGGUUCUCUUUGACCUUUGAACCCAAACGGCAAUAGCUGUACAUCAGGGCACCUCUCACCUGAGUAGACAUUGAGCCAGCAAAUACAGGGGACAGGAGGGACCUCUCCUUAACAUGGACAAUCCUUUUGAUCACGGACUGGAAUUCAAUUCUUUUGUUGUGUUGGAUGCACUUUUUUUUGAUUUCCUUUGUUUUCUCGCUUUCAAAAAAGCCAUAUGUUAUAUAGUUCAUCAACCUUCUAGGUAGACGAGAUGUUUGCAUGUUGAGCUCAUCAGAAAGGAUGUCGAAACACAUCGAAAUGUUUUUGUUUGAGGGAGAAAAAAAAAAAAAAAAGACAUAUUUGAUUUUGAAACGUUCUGAACAUCUUGAGCCGCUCUGAGAAGCUUGUACCAUGGCACUGACUUGCAGCAAUUCAAAGUAAAUAAAUGAAGCAGAAUGACUGUUCUGUAUCUGUAAAAUAAACAUUAAAUUCUUGUAAUUCAUA